AUGUUCUCGAGAUGCCGCUUCGUUAUCAAGGGAGGCUCGAGGUUUUCCACGAAGACCUCCCUGACAAAUGCUAGCCGAAGUGGUAUCAGGCUCUUUAGCACUUCACCUAUCAGCGGACCGAAAUUUCUGGGGUCGGCGAUAGGUUUUGCUCUAUUAUCGUUCGGGCUGGGCUUGGCCGUAAGCUCACUUGUGAUUCCUAAGCAGGAUGCGCAGGUCCAGACUUUCCCCUUAGCUUCAACAACUCCUCUGGAGCAGCUUGAUUCGCCCCGGUAUGGGUCUGAGGAGGAUCUGGAAAAGUGUGUCGACGAGAUUAGAAGGGUGGUCGGCGACGAGCUCGUGAAAAAUACCCCAGUGGAAAUCGACUACCAUACGGACAAUGGGUUCAACCCCUCUAAGCCCUUGCCGCAUCAAAAGCCAAGAUACAUUGUCUACCCUUUGUCGACCGAGGAUGUUUCAAAGAUCAUGAAGAUUGUUAACCAGUACAAUAUACCAGUUGUGCCGUAUUCAGGUGGGACUUCCCUUGAGGGCCACACUUACUCAACGAGGCCUGGGAUUGUUCUCAAUACUUCCAAAAUGAACAAGAUCCUUCAGGUCAACGUCGACGAUCUGGAUGCAGUUUUGCAAGCCGGUGUUGGAUGGCAAGACUUGAACGAGUACUUAUCGAAGCAUGAAGGAAUGGAUAACUUAAUGUUGGGCUGCGAUUGUGGACCAGGUGCUCACGUUUGUGGUAUGAUUAGCACAAAUGCCUCUGGUAUUGGUGCUACUCGCUAUGGGUCCAUGGCUUCCAACGUUGUUUCCAUAAAGGCGGUUCUAGCAGACGGAACAGUUAUUAAGACGAAGCUCCGUCCCCGUAAAUCAAGUGCUGGGUAUAAUCUAACCGGUCUUUUGGUGGGUAGUGAGGGAACUCUGGCCAUUGUCACCGAAGUUGUUGUAAAACUACAAGUCAAGCCUGGGUACGAAACAGUCGCCGUUGUUCAGUUCCCAGAUGUGAACGAUUGUACAAAGUCUAUGGCUUCAUUUUUCAAAAAGGGAAUCCCACUGAAUGCAGUUGAGCUACUUGAUGCGGAUAUGAUGCGGUGCGUCAACUACAGUGAUCUGGUCUCCAAAAAGUUUGAAAACUUGCCCACCUUAUUUAUAAAGAUCGGCGGGUUGAACAAGGUGAUUGUUGAUGAGUAUGUCAAGGAAGUGAGUGCCAUCUCAAAAUCCAAUAAUUGUAACACAUUUGAGUUUGCAAGGACGGCGGAAGAGGCUGAAGAACUCUUCUUCGCAAGAAAGAAUGCAUUGUAUAUUAUGCUGGAUUACGGUUUUAAUGAAAUAAGCCCCGACGCUAAAAUGUGGAUCACAGAUUGCGCUGUACCGCUCUCCCGGCUUGCUUCGACUCUCGAGCAGCUUAAUGACAUGAUGAAGGAGUACCCAUUACAUCACAUGGUUUUAGGUCACGGAGAUGCCAACUUGCACUAUGACAUUUUCUACACCCCCGACCAGCUCGAAAUGUGCAAAGAAGCUGUAGACAGAAUGGCAAAACUUACCAUUGAAAAUGAAGGAACGUGUUCAGGGGAGCAUGGCAUUGGUUCUGGAAAGAGAGCUCUUUUGGAACUUGAACUUGGUAAAGAUACUAUCUCCAUGAUGCGCAAACUAAAGCUUGCCCUCGAUCCCAAGCGCCUUCUGAAUCCAGACAAGGUUUUCAAAAUAGAUCCCUUGGAUGCAAGUACCGAAUAA